AGUGUGCUUGUGUUUAGUUCUCAGAGAUAGUCUAAUAGGAUUCCUUUGGGAAGGGACACAAAUCACUCCCAUUUUAACAAGAGGAACAACACGGGAUCUGCCUCCACAAGGGUCCUCCUCUUCUUGAUUUCAAAUUUCUUAUUCAUUUCCAUUUGACAGAGAUCAUUGGAAAAAAGGAAACAAAGAGAGAGAAAAGGAAGAAAAAACUUAUCAGGGGAUGAAGAUAUUUGAUCUAGAACAAUCUGAAAUCUCUAGUUGAUCACACUGACACCAGCGCUCGCUCAUAGAGCAAGUAUCCCCAAUACAGGAGCGACAUCGUCAAAAAACCUCGAGCGAGAUUUUGUUAAUUMGCGCCGUCUUSCGUUUCGCUCGUUUGUCUUUUGAUCUCUGUUUGAAGUGAUUCCGUCUAUGAGGCACCUGAAUUUCGAUACCUCGUCUUUGGACUCUUUCGUAUUUUUCUCUUGGUUUGAAGUAAACAGACACACUGUCGCUGGCAUCAACGCGGACCCAGCACCAUCCCACGCCCGCCUUUUACCUGUGAUUAGAGAAAACUGAUUUUGGGACASUCGGUAAACAGAGAGAGGGAGCGCGAUUUUGUKAUGUUUGGGAUUCAGGAGAGCAUCCAGAGGAGUGGGAGUAGUUUGAAAGAGGAACCCAUCGGGUCUGGGAUGAACGCAGUUCGGACAUGGAUGCAGGGAGCCGGGGUGUUGGAUGCGAACACGGCCGCUCAAAGUGGAGUGGGUCUUGCCCGGGCGCACUUUGAGAAGCAACCGCCAUCAAAUCUUCGGAAAUCCAACUUCUUUCACUUCGUUUUGGCUCUAUAUGACAGACAAGGACAGCCAGUGGAAAUCGAAAGGACGUCUUUCCUCGGUUUUGUCGAGAAGGAAAAGGAAUGCACUGGAGAAAAGACUAACAACGGGAUACAUUAUAGACUGCAGCUUCUCUACAGUAAUGGCAUCAGGACAGAGCAGGACUUUUACGUGCGACUCAUUGACUCCAUGACUAAACAGGCCAUUGUUUAUGAAGGGCAAGACAAGAACCCUGAGAUGUGUCGAGUGUUACUGACACACGAGAUCAUGUGCAG